AUGGCCGCAAAUAUAGAAGUCCAGGAUUUAGCCGCCAGUGAACAGUUUUCAGGAGAAAAAGAGAAAUAUAAAUUGGCUUUAUCAACAACGAGAGACAUAAGGAAUCUUGUUGACAGUGCUUUUGAGAAUGCCAUUAAAGAUUUUGCACCAGAAAAGACUAAACUUAAAGAGAAUUUGGUAAAAUUAGAAAAAAAAUUGAGUGAUCUUGAAAAGAUUGGCAACUCCUUAACAAAGCUUGAUAAUCAACACACCUUACUUGGCAAGAGUGGUCUAUUAUGGUCUGAUCCUAUUCAGGAUAAAACACCACUUUAUGAUCAACUGAUGCAAACUUACUCUUGGACACAAAAAUUAAAUUCUCAAGCAAAAAUUGCAUCAGAAUCAUUAAAAAGGCACCACAUAUUGGAUGGUGACAGUUUUCAAGCUGGAGCGAAACGUCGGUUGAGGGAAAGCCUAUUUGUACCCCAAAGCACUCUGAAACAGAUUGUUGAACAACUAAAGAAGUCCUUUCCUAAGCUUACAAUACGCUGGAACAAAAUAGCUGGAGUAUCAUUGCUUGAGGUCUCUGUCAAGCUGACAUUAAAUGCUAUAAUAAUUUUAAGAGGAUGUACCAUUGAUAGAGUUAUGAUCAAAGCCAUACAUGAGACAUCAGAAGAUAAGGACGAAUUCAUGCAGUGUUCAAAGUACAAGACAUUUAACAAGAUGACAGAUGUUGCAAAUGCUGCUGCAUUUCACUACAGUCAAUGUGGAGACCCAAAGAAAUCACUGAAUAGUUUACUGAAUUGGUUAACAUAUUACGAGAAGUUAUUCUCGGAAAAAUGCACAAAGUGCAAGAAACAUUUACAAAAUGACAUAGACAGAAAUGUGUUGCCGCCGUGUUGGAUUGACUUUGAAACACUGAAACUCUAUCAUCUGCAGUGCAAACCGUAAUUUAGAAUAUAUUUGGACCAAUUUAUGUUGUGCAUACAUAUAAAUUAUUAUUUUUGUGGCAACUUUGUAUAUUUGUGAAAAUAAAUCU